AUGAAUGUGUUUAAGGAGCCAGAGAAAUCGUACAAAUUUUUCAAAUAUGCUGAUCCUGAACCAGGCAAAGAAGUUGUUAUAUCCGGAACCGCUAGUAGAUUUCCAAAAUCCAACAAUUUGUAUGAAUUGAAAGAUAAUAUUUUUAAUCGCAAAGAUUGUAUCACAGAUAACGGAAUAAAUACAGAAGCACAUACUAUGGAUCCUAUGGGCAGAAUAUUAUUCGAACAUAUUUAUGAAGCUAUUGUAGAUGCUGGAAUUCAUCCAACAGAUUUUUGUGAAAUGAGGACAGGUGUAUUUUUAGGUUCAUGUUUUUCCGAUACCGAGAAAACUUGGUUCUACGACGAAUUCCAGGAAGGGAAAUCGAUCAAACGAUCAGUAAAUGGCUUUAGUAUCAUAAGCUGUAGCAAAGCUUUUAUAAACAAAAGAAUUUCGCAUUGGUUGGGGGUCACUGGACCAACAUAUAACAUCGAUACCGCGUGCAGCUCAAGUCUAUUUGCGAUGGAACACGCAUAUAGAUCUAUACAUAACGGACAAUGCGUUUACGUAAUCAUCGCUGGAUCAAAUCUUUGCCUUCAUCUAUUCGUAACUUUGCAAUUUAAACGUUUAGGAGUAUUGUCCGAGGAUGGUCGUUGCAAGUGUUUCGACGAUGAUGCAGUUGGUUACGUGCGCGGCGAAGCCGUAGUUGUUGCAUUUCUGCAAAAAAGAAAAAAUGCUCAAAGAUUCUAUGAAACAGUUAUACAAGCGAAAACAAAUUGGGAUGGUUAUAAGGAACCGGGAAUAACAUUUCCUUCUAGCCAAAUUCAGAGUACUCUUUUCAAAGAAUUCUAUGAUGAAUGCGGUGUAACAACAGCUUGUAUAAAUUACAUCGAAGCUCAUGGUACAGGAACUAAAGUUGGUGAUCCUGAAGAAAUAAAUGCUAUAGAUCAGAUUUUCACGAAAAACAGAACGAAACCUCUUAAAGUCGGUUCCAUCAAAUCAAAUAUGGGUCAUACCGAACCAGCCAGUGGAAUGUGCUCCAUUGCUAAGGCGAUAACAUCGAUGGAGUCAGGCCUAAUACCCCCAAAUAUCAAUCUUAAUCAACAACACAAAAAAGCUUUCACAGAAGAGAGAAUCAUGGCUGUUACCGAAACGUUUUCGCUUGAUGGGGAAUACAUAGCCAUUAACUCCUUCGGCUUUGGUGGUGCUAAUGCUCACAUCAUACUUAAAUCAAAUCCAAAAACAAAGGUCAAUAAAGGAUUGCCAGAUGACGAUUUGCCAAGACUCGUAACUGUUUCUGGACGUACCUAA